AUGGCUGCUGUUUUGGAAAAGCUACAGGAGUUUCAGAGGGAAAUCACCUGUAGCAUCUGUAGGAGCUACUUCUCUGAGCCAGUCACCGUCUGGUGUGGGCACAGCUUUUGCAGAGCAUGUCUCUCUCAGAGCUGGACACUUGGAGCUACAGCUUUCUCUUGCCCUGAAUGCAGGCAAGUGUCCCCAGUCAGAAAAUUCCCAGGAGUCAAUGGGCUCCUAGCACAGCUGACUGACAUGGGCAAAGAGCUCUGCUUCCUGCAUUUGCAGAGUGCUGAAGGACAGAGCCACUGUGGCAGGCACCGGAAGGUGUUCAAGCUCUUUUGUGAAGAUGACCAUGCACCACUAUGUGUGGGAUGUUCCCAAAGCCCAGAGCAUGGGGCUCACAAACUGUCUCCUGUAGAAGAGGCUGCUCAGAAGAGCAGGAAGAAACUCCAGCACAUUCGCAGUGACUUGCAGAAGCGUUUUGAUGAAGCUGAGGAACUUCUUGCUCAGGAGGAGAGACUUGUUGAUGACUGGAACUGGGUGAUCGCAGGAGCAUAUACCAAGCUGCACCAGUUCCUGAGAGAGGAAGAAUCCCAAUGUCUUGAAAGGAUAGUGGAAGAGGAAAGGGCAAGCCAAGACAGCCUAUCCCAGCAUAGGCAAGCCCUCCAGGACCUCAUGCUAGUUCUGCAGGAAGCAGGCCACCAACCCAAUAUGGAUCUGCUACAGGAAGUCAAGCAGUUGCUGGGAAGGAGUGAGUCAGUGCUGUCCCAAAGGGCCAAGGUUGUCAGCCCAGAGCUGAGAGAAUACCCCAUCCCUGGCAUGAUCAAGAUGCUCAGACGAUUCAGAGUGGACAUCACAUUGAACCCCACAUCAGACAAUCCCUUUGUGACUGUUUCUGAGGAUCUGAAGAGUGUGAAGGCUGCAGAAGGCUGGCAGGUGGAGACCAAGCAUGACUCUGAUGACUUUGUUUACCAUUAUGUCUUUGCUGAGCAGGCCUUCAGCUCAGGCAGACAGUACUGGGAGGUGGAUGUGACUCAACUACCUCAGUGGACACUGGGGAUUCAUACACCAUUCCUGAGGAAAAGGAGGGGCAGGAAUGUGGACUCCUCUCCUCCUGUGUUCCUGCUUUGCUGUGUUAAGAAGGAAGAGGAUUACUAUUUACAAACCUAUCCCGGAUCAUUGAACCAUCGAAUUAAAGUCCGUGUGCCCAGGGUCGGGAUAUACCUAGAAUAUACCCCUGGCACUCUUGCCUUUUACAAUGUCCUCCAACGCUCCCUCAUUUAUAGGUUCUACCCCAUUCCCUUCACAGAUCCCAUCACACCCAUCUUUUGUCCUGGUCCCCCACUUCCAGGAUCAAAGGCUGGUCCCAUGACUGGGCUUCUGGAAUUGCCUGAUGAAGAUGAUGCUUCUGCUGCUGCUCCUGAUAACUAUGAGCAUGAAGAUACUGCUUGA